CAAGUAUUGAUAGAUUUCGCUCGCGACGCGCCUGCUACAGCAUCUCUAACUAUACACCGAGCCGCGAGUGGCUCCGACGAAUUAUAUUUUUUUCCGUGUCGGACAGCGACAAGGCUGGCUGUAGAUACGCGGAGCGAAUGAGAUUGACUUCCGACUGGUGACCCCUUUCUCAAACUGUAAUGACAUGAGCGCUCCAGCAGGAAGCUCAAAUCAUUUUGUUUAGAAACACUGUAGCGCGUCCGCCAAGACUUCUGUCUCUCCGACUGUGGGGAAUAAUGGGGCGUUUUUGAACCAGCCUUUAACGCAGAUACUGUAGCGCUUGACUCGAUGUUUUAAACGUGUGUCGUGUCCGUCCAUUUGGACGCAGCAAAAGUAAGCAAAUCGCAGUUCUGAAGCCAAAUGGAAAGCUGAACCAUGGCAGCAAAAGAGGACCUAUAUGCCAAAGUCGCUCCACGGAUGCAGAGGCAGAACCGGCCGGGAACUGUCAAACAUGGAAACAGUCUGGAUGUUUUGCUGUCAAUGGGCUUCCCUAAAACCAGGGCGCUAAAAGCUCUAGUUUCGACUGGGGGCAGAAAUGUACAAGCAGCCUGUGACUGGUUGUUCUCCCAUGUGGAUGACCCGUUCCUGGAUGAUCCUUUACCGAGGGAGUAUGUGCUGUACCUGAAACCCAGCGGUCCCCUCCUCAACCAGCUCUCCAACUUCUGGCAGCAGAGCCGAAUCACAUGUGGCAAAAACAAAGCCCACAACAUCUUCCCUCACAUAACCCUCUGCCAGUUCUUCAUGUGUGCAGAUGGUAAGGUAGAUGCCCUCUGUGAAGCUCUACAGGCAGUGGUGGGUCAGUGGAAAGGCCGUUUCCCCUCUCCGCUCCCCUUGGAGUUUUACUCAUCCUCAAACUUCAUCGGCCUCUUUGUGGAAGAGAAGGUUGCUGAGGUGAUCAAGAGCUUUGCUGCAGACUUUGCCACUGAGGCAGCUUCCAAAGCAGAUGUUCAUGUGGAGCCACAUAAGAAGCAGCUUCAUGUAACUCUAGCCUACCACUUCCAAUCCAAUCAUCUUGCAUCAUUAGAAAAACUUGCCAAAGGUGUAGACAUAACCCUGGGCUGUGAUUGGCAAGCUGUACUCUUGUCACGGGACAUCCGAUUUGCCAAUCAUGAGACCCUGCGGGUGAUGUACCCUUACGUGCCUCAGAAUGAUGAUGAACUGGAGCUGGUGCCCAGUGAUUUCAUCUUCAUGUCGUCUAUAGAACAGGCCACUGCCAGUGAGGGCUGGGUCUACGGGACCUCGAUGAGCACAGGGUUAUCUGGGCUACUGCCAGAAAACUACGUCAACAGGGCAGAUGAGUGUGACACUUGGGUCUAUCAUGGGUCUUUCUCUUUCCUUAAUGGUACCCCCCCAGCUAGUAUCAGGGGUGCAAUGGGUGGGAUUUUUCUUGACCCACAACACAUGGACGGUCGUCUCCUUGAUGACCCCAUGCCGUUGGAUCCCCCGAAUCUGAGUGUUAUAUGUCAACCUAUGCAGAUCCUACGACCCAAUCAGUCUCGACUGCCUAAGAGAACGUUGUUUGUGUGUCGCCAUGGUGAGAGAAUGGAUGUAGUGUUUGGGAAACACUGGAUCACUCAGUGCUUUGAUGCCAAAGGUCGGUAUGUACGGUCAAACCUCAAUAUGCCACAGAGUCUCCCAGCGAGAAGUGGGGGGUACAGGGACUAUGAUAAGGACUGUCCUAUCACUGUGUUCGGAUCCACACAAGCUCGUCUAGUCGGGGAGGCUCUCCUGGAAAGUCAUACAGUUGUAGACUUUGUAUACUGCUCUCCAUCUCUGCGCUGCGUGCAAACAGCUUAUAAUAUUCUCAAAGGUCUUCAAAAGGAUGGGAAAACUAAGAUCAGAGUUGAGCCGGGUUUAUUUGAGUGGACUAAAUGGGUGUCGGGAACCUCAUUACCUGCCUGGAUCCCUCCUGCAGACCUGGCGGCUGCUAACCUUUGUGUGGAUACAACGUACAGACCUCAUAUACCCGUCAGUAAACUGGCCGUGUCUGAGUCCUAUGAAACGUACAUCAGUCGCAGCUUCCAAGUGACGCGUGAAAUACUGUCAGAGUGCAAUAAUCUGGGAAAUACAGUGCUAAUUGUGGCUCAUGCGUCCUCUCUGGAGGCUUGUACGAGGCAGAUACAGGGACUGACCCCACAGAACUCUAAAGACUUUGUGCAAGUGGUCAGAAAGAUACCUUACUUAGGCUUUUGUGCUUGUGAGGAGAUGGGUGACACAGGCGUUUGGCAGCUUGUGGAUCCACCCAUCCUGCCGCUCACCCAUGGACCCAAUCACAGCUUUAACUGGAGAGAAACGCUGCUGCAGGACUGAGGAGGCUGUAACUUUUCCCCUCACUGCUUAUCCUCCAAAGGCAACAGAAACGUGCUUAGAGUCACAUCAUCACAAACCUGCAUUAUAGCACUAUAAAAGCCUCAUGCUUCCAUAGCCACGUUCUUGCACUGCUGCAGCACACCUCAUCGACCCUGUCUUUAUACAUAAAGCAUAAGAGCAGUAAUAUUCACGAUAGAUUUCCGUAAUGUGCUCAAACACCAUUUGCUGGCCUAUAGACAAGCUGCAGCAGAACACUCGCUUCCAACUGUAGCCCAGGCGAAUCUAAAAAUCUGAGAGGCAUACGUCAUACACAGGAUGUAAUACACAGCGAUAAACUCAGGUUUCCUGCCUCAGCGAGGAGGAAAUAGUGUGCAAAGUUGAUGAGUCAUCAUCCAACACUUCCAAAAUGGAUGCCGCUGGACUCCGAACCCUUUCUAAACUCCAUUUUCCUAGACUCUGUAGGGGAACGAGCCUUCUCCCUGUUACACUGUGAAUCAAAUAGACGUGCACAACCUAUUGCAUCAAGAUUUCCCAAAUACACCUGCUACAAGCCCACUCGCCAACCUCCUGAAAGCACAAGAAUAUAAUCUGGCAAUCAGAUAGACUGAGACGAAGCAGCUUUAAAGUAGUUUAGAAAUGGUAUUUGGUGGACAGCACAUUCGUCCUGUGCCUUGCUGUCAUGCUGCUACUGUUAAACACUUUGCAACUAUAGGACACUUUGGGAGGACUGUUAGCUAGGGCUUAUUUGGAGACCGUAUUUAAAGAUAUACUGUCACACUUUUCGCAUGUAGGGUCGAUUUUAAAAGAGGGAGAUUAUAAGGCAGUGAGAACGUCAUCAAAGGCAGUGCCACAAAUGGUUACAACUUCUUAAGCAGCAGCUUAAAUAAUGUUAUGUGCAGCUGUUAUGGAACGCAUUGCUGUAAGGCAAGCUUUACUUUCUGAGCACUUGAAAAAUCGAACCAAACAGGAAAGAAUGCUUCAACAAUGUAAAGAAUUGUACAUUAAUGCAUAACGUGUCUGUAUAUACUAAGUAACGUAGUAAAAAUCCAUUUGAUGUGUUUCACCUUUAAAUGGACAAAGUAUAAUUGCAUUUAUUUAUGUAUUCAUAAGAUAGUUGUAAAGAGAAUAUGUUGGUGCUUCAGGUUUUUUUGUUUGUUAUUUCCUGUUGUUGGAAUAGAGAAAUCAAGCCAUAGCAAAUGCUGAUAUAAAUCACUAUAUAAUACAGUGUUUCAUUCCACUCCAAGCACUUACAUAAGCAUAUCUGUUACGAUUACUGUAAUACGCCAUCUGUGUUCCCUGAACUUUAUAACUAUUUUAGCCCACCUAUGGUUUGACAUUUAAUGAUGAUAAGGAGGAAGCGUGCAUAAUGAGAUAUGCAAUGCACUGCACAAGCAAAAGAGGCUUCAUGGGAUUUUUUUUGCCAUAAUUUUAAAUGUGUGCUUAUCUAGUGCAUUCAAGAUAAAUGUAGAUGUUAGGCUCGACCGAACAUGCCAAUGAUGCGCAAUCAGUUUUAGAGCUGCCGUUGCUGUUUUUACUUUUUUUGCUUUUUGAGUUUAAGAGUUGAUCUCUUGCUUAAGUGGUUCCUGUCAGGGGAUGAAUGUUGGAGCUAUUAAAGGGAUAGUUUACUCAAAACAUCUUUCCAAACUCAUUUUGUUCUGACCAGAUUUGCUUACUCCAUUUCAAACAUAGAAAAAAACAGAUAAUUAAACAUCCAAUAUGAAUAAAUAGGUCAAAGUAAAGCAGCAGAUACACAAGAAUAAUUGUCUGAUCCAAUAAAAAAAAGUCAGAUACAGUAAAAGAAUUCCCAGGCAUCAAUAGUAGCUGGUUUAGGCAUGUUAAGUUGUGCGUUCAUAGUUCACAAUUUUGAGGAGGCUAUGUAUUCAAGUUGAAGUCAAAAGUUUACAUACCCCUUGCAGAAUCUGCAAAAUGUUAAUUAUUUUACCAAAAUAAGAGGGAUCAAACAACAUGCAUGUUACUGCCCUGAAUAACAUUUAAUAUUUCACAUAAAAUACAUGUACAUAUAGUCCACAUGAGAAAAUAAUAGUUGAAUUUAUAAAAAUGACCCUGUUUAAAAGUUUACAUCCACUUGAUUCUUAAUACUGUGUUGUUACCUGAAUGAUCCAUAGCUGUGUUUUUUUUGUUUUGUUUAGUGAUUGUUUGUCCUGAACAGUGAAACUGACCGCUGUUUUCCAGAAAAAGCCAUCAGGUCCCACAAAUUCUUGGUUUUUCAGGAUUUUUGUGUAUUUAAACCGUUUCCAACAAUGACUGUAUGAUUUUGAGAUCCAUCUUUUUACACUCAGAAUACUUGAGAGACUCAUACGCAACUAUUACAGAAGGUUCAAACGUUCACUGGUGUUCUAGAGGAAAAAAAUUAUGCAUUAAGAGCUGGGGGGGUUAGAAACUUUUGAACAGAAUGAAGAUGUGUACAUUUUUCCUAUUUUGCCCUUCAGAAGUUACAGAAGAUACUUGCAUGUUUGCCAGAAGACAAAAUUUAAUUACAUUUACCCUGAUCUUCAAAAAUUAAAUUAACAUUUUGCAGAUUCUGGAAGGUGUAUGUAAACUUUUGACUUCAGCUGUAUUUGGGCUACUCUUUUCAAUGCGCAGAGUAAAUGAGAACUUGUGUGCCUGCAUUUGACUACUAGCACCUUUUUUUUUAAUUUGAGAUAUUUGUAAUAAAUCAGAAAACCACUGAUAGAAAUGACCUCAACUUAAUGAUCCAGCUGCAUUUUAUAAUUAACAGCCCACUCAAAGGAAAGAAAUACACAAAACCAUCAUAUGACAUCAGAAGACUUGAAAUAAUAAACAAGCCCAUUUAAGGAUACUUUUAUAGUGGUUGUGCAUCAAGUCACCAAUCAUCGUAAUUGCUUUCUGCUUUUGCGUUCCAACAUUAGUGUUAGUAAAUCAUGAGAGAAUUUUCAGUUUUGGGUGAACUAUCCCUUCCAAACAUUUCAGAUUACAGGAAGUCUAAGACAAAUCUGUCUUCAUUCAUUUGGCAUUUUUUUCCAGCUCAACAGUAACAUAACCACCUAAAUGCUUCCUACUCAUGAAUUUAAACAAGACAUUUAUCUUAGCACAGAUGACUUUAUGUGGAGAUUUUUAAUUAGCCAAGCCAGUGUAAGUGUGUGUGGGUGUGGUUGAGUGUUUGUUCAUGUGCUAGAAGAUGAAUGCUGUUCUCCUAUAAAAAUAAUUACCUUAUUAAAUCACCCUUGUCUGCCAUUACAACAUGUCUACCGUGAAUAGAUCCUUGUUCUUCCAAAUAAGGCAACACACAACCACCCCAUCGUGUGUAUCAGUCUGUGUUACCACAGAGAGUUGAACGAGUACAGCUUGACAAUAACUGAUCCUAACUGUGUUCAAUUCACAGAGAGGUAAUGUUGUCCCUGUAUGUUUUAAGAAGCAUGCUAUGUGUGCAACUUCUUGAUUGUUUGAAAAGGAAGGGGGGUGUAAUAUGAGCCAAAGUGCUUCAUUGAUUUUUUUUUAGUUUUUUUGUUUUUUGUUUUUUUUUUUUUUUGGUUCAGAAGCAGAAUUAAUCAUUUUUAAUGCGUAUAGCCUGUUUCAAGCAUCUUCUGACCAACAAUUUCCAUUUUGGCCAUGAGGGUUUGUCUUUGUCCUGAUGCUCUUCAGAAUCAUGAGACGUUUUUAUAUACCCUUACUGAGCAGUGACUGAGAAAAUAAUACUACAAAAUCUAAAAAAUAGUAAGAAACAUAAAACCGACGUAUUACAGAUUGCUAUUUUAGCUAUUGUCAUUAAUUGUUGUUUGGUCCUCCCUGAAAUGAGUCAUGUUUAGUUUAUAUACGAAUUUAUGCUUUCAUUCAGCCCAUCUAAUUUAUUUAAAGUUAUAUUUAAGUUUUAUUUGGGGGCAUUUAGCAGCUUGAAAAUUAUCCUUGCAUGCUCACGAAGAAAAUGCAAAUGCAACCCCUCCACAGUUAAAAGUUGUACAUGAAAUGACUGCACAAAACGUGCGUAAAAUUUCAGUGCUCAAUAUUUUGAUUAGAGAUUCCAAAAGCAUAUGUGACAUUCCACCACGAAGCUACCUUUUUAAGUAUGAUUGUUGACAUUUAUUUUACAAUUGAUUUUAAUGCGUAAUGUUUGUAAAGCAUGUUUGCAAAUAAAUCUUUUGUCAUCCUGC